CUCUCAAUUCACUCCUCGUCUCCUCCUCCUCCUCCUUCACAUCGAAGCAUAUUCUCGUGAAGCCCUCGAGGAGGAACAAGAACAACCAAGAAACACUCCUCCUUCUCCUCCUCAUCCUAGUUCAGUGCAGCGCGAUCGUCUCCUCCUCUUCUUCUUCUUCUCCAUGGAACAGUAGCGGUGGUGGCCGGGUGGGUUUUGUUUUUGUUUUUGUUUUGUUUUUUGGCAGCCGCGCCGAUCGAAUCUUCCUCCCAAGAGUCAAAAUGAUGGUGAAGAAAAAAACCUCUUGGAGCCAGAUUGUGAAAAAUGGCAGGCCAGCAAACACGUCUGUUACCACAAGAAACCUCCGACCACAAGAUCUUGGGGCUGUGAUAUUUGGCUGCACAAACAAUACCAUCGCAGAGUGUCACUCACGGCAACUUUUCGGCUUGCCAAGAACACAUCUCUCCUAUGUACAAAAUAUCAAGGAAGGCCUACCUCUGUUCCUGUUCAAUUACGAUGACCGCAAACUAUAUGGUAUUUAUGAAGCUGCGAGCAAUGGCAAGUUCUGUCCUGAAUCAAAUGCAUGGUUACAAGAUGGCAAGGGAAAGACCAGCUAUCCUGCUCAGGUUGCCAUGCGGAUCAAAGUGUGGUGUGUUCCACUAGCAGAAAGUCAGUUUAGAGGUGCUAUUCUAGCCAACUACUACCAGAGGAUGCCUGGCGCUCCUGGCCAGAAGCUUCAUUUUUUCCAGUUUGAAUUGGAUCAUGCACAAACACGUGCUUUGAUGGAUAUGUUUACCCCUUCACCUUCUACCAACAAUGGCUGGUCGCCUCCUGUUGCACAACCUGCUGAUGAGCAUGUGAGAUCGUCAUGGGCACCAGUGUAUGCGGGGAAUAAUGGUCUCAAAUCUGAGAAGAUUGUAAAGUCAUAUGCGGAUGUGGUAAACAAUAACAAAUUUGAGCAAGUUAGAACAGGAGAUGUGGUCCAUGUGGAUGCAGAGCAUGCUAGCUCAGGUAAUGAACAUGUCAAUGGUUUUGAUGAUCUGGAUUGUGGAGACACAACCCCAGAGAGUGAGGAGUAUGCACUAUCGGGUAAGGAGGUUGAAGUGCAACAACAACAGCAGCAGCAGCAACAAGAACAGUCUGGUCAGCAGGAUAAGCUUAGCUUUAAAGGGGUACUAGAAAAGCUCAAGAUGUUGUCUGUCCAGCAGAGGAAGUCUACUUUUUAUGCCAAUGCUACUGAAACUGAAAGUAUUGAUGCGUAUAGCUGUAAGGAUGUACAAGAUGAUUUGCCAGAAAACUUAGAUUCUGAAGUAGAUCAGUUCUCCUGGGGGCAUUCUAAGUUGCUGAUGCACUCAUUGGACUCAGAGUCCUGUACAGAAGUCAAGUUGGUAGAUAUAGUCAAAGAGUUAUAUGAGCGGAUAGCGAUCAUGGAGAAGAAGCAGGCUUGGUCCAAUAAAGAACUCAAAUACUUACAAGGUGUGAACGAGAGGUUACUAAAAAGAGUUGUGGAGCUCAAGGGCACGGUGAAGACAUUGAAUUCAAAGAUAGAUCCUUUAACCCUUGAUGAUUCCCUUAGCCAGUUUGUUGAACAAUGUUUGGGUUCAGAAGAUGUCAUUUAUCUAGUUGGUGGUUUUGAUGGCUUCUCACAUUUGCCAUCACUAGACUCUUUUUCCCCUUCAUUGGACGUACUAACACCUCUCAAAUCAAUGGCUGUUGGAAAGUCAUAUGCCUCAACUGUUGCAUUAGAUGGCAAGAUAUUUGUUCUUGGUGGUGGUGAUGGAGUCUGCUGGUUUGAUACAGUCGACUGUUAUGACCGAAGACGUGAUGAUUGGACCACAUGCCCAUCAUUUACUCAUGAUAAAGGGAGCCUUGCUGCAGUUAGCUUCAAUGGAAAAAUCUAUGCAUAUGGUGGUGGAGAUGGAAAUGAGUGUUUCUCUGACGUUGAAGUAUUUGAUCCUGCUUAUGGAAAGUGGAUUAAAAAUCAGUCUAUGCUGGAUAAGCGCUUUGCUCUAGCAGGCGUGGAACUUAACGGUGCAAUUUAUGCAGUUGGAGGCUUCAACGGUGUUCAAUAUCUUAGCUCUGCUGAGAGACUUGAUCCUCGGGAGCCUAGCUGGAAAAGACUCCCAAAGUUGAGUACAGGAAAAGGUUGUCAUACACUGGCAGUGCUUGAUGACAAGAUAUUCUCAAUUGGCGGUUAUGACGCUGAGGCUAAAACAAUGGUGGCUACUGUCGAGUUGUAUGAGCCAAGGAUGCCAUCAUGGGUGAUGGCUGAACCCAUGAACUACAACAGAGGAUAUCAUUCUUCAGCUGUACUUGGUGGCUCGAUCUUCGCUUUUGGUGGGGUGAAAGGUGAAGGAGAUGCAAUCUUGGAUGUGGUGGAACGCUACAAGGAAGGGUGUGGUUGGGUGACUACCGAGUCGAGGUCAAUUGGCAGGAGGUGCUACUGCUCGGCCAUUGUUCUCUGACUCUCAAUAUCGACGCUGUGAAUUUAGUUAGCUUUCUGACAAGGGAACAACAAACAGAUAGUUAAAGAACUUAGAAGGCUCUUCUUUUGGCUGAAUUUAGAGCUGUAGACAUACAUAAGCUCUUACCCUAAUCUUUUGCAUGAACUAGAAAACCGUUCAAUGUUGAGCUAUUUUGUUGAUACUGCAAAAAUCUGAUGCAAAAAUCAGUUUGGUACUAAACAAGAUGAGAAUUCCAUGAAUGAAUAUUUGAUAGAACUGUGAUUAUUAACUGACA